AUGGCCAUCUCCGGCUCUUACAAAAGGGCCCCAACAACCUAUCCCAACGACGUAUCUCAGCGAGGUAAGGCAAUGGCUACCAAACGAAUCGGAUUGCACGCCGGCGCUCCCAGCGCUGAAGCAUCUCUGGACCUCAUGCGGCGCGCCGAAGCCGCCGGCAUCAAUGCCACCUGGCUCACCACCGGCGGAACCGGACUCGACGCUCUGACGCUCUUCGCGGCCUCUUCCGUGCAAACGGAUAACAUCCUCUACGGAACCUCUAUCGUCCCCACGUAUCCGAGACAUCCCAUCGUCGUGGCCCAGCAGGUGCAGGUCAUCGACCAGUUGGCGCCGGGCCGGCUGCGUCUUGGCCUGGGCCCCAGCCACCGCCCCAGCAUGCGCUCAAUGUUCGGGUUCAAUCUGCGCGCACCGUUGACCAACUUGCGCGAAUAUCUGCAAAUCCUGCGGGACCUGCUGCAUACUGGCUCGGUCGAUUUCGACGGCCAGGAGUAUACCGCCCACGCCAGCAUCCCGGCGCCGGUGGACGUUCCAGUGAUGGCCUCGGCCCUGCAGGAAGGCUCAUUUGAGCUUUGCGGCGAGCUGGCCGACGGAGCCAUCAGUUGGGUAUCGCCGGCGGUUUAUCUGCGCGACAAGGCCCUGCCGGCCAUGCGCCGGGGCUCCGACCAGGCCGGACGCUGA